AUGAUGGCCUCGUUGAAAGAGUCACUGGCUGGUCCAGGAUACGUGAUCCUCAAUGCACUUCGGGUCAUAAACAUCAUCGUCUUCCUUGAUAUGAUUGCAGCCCAUGCGGUCAUGCUGGUCAAGAUUGACCUUCUGACCAGUUUCUUCUUUUUCGAAGCUGUUGGACAUGCCAUUGCAAUUGGCGUCUGCAUUUUCCUCAUAGUAUCAGAACUCCCAUUCUUCCGCGGAUACUUUGACCGUCACUGGCCAUCCCUCGGCGAAGACUCUGGAUUUGUCACACUAGCGUUCGCAAUGCUGAUACUUGGAAUUGGAGCAUUGGGCGACCUCAAUACAAAGGCUACAAGCCAAGAAGAGCUUGGGCUCACAUUUUGGAGAAUCAUCAUAUCAGCGGGAAUCUUGGCUCUCGUUGUCAGCGCCCUUAAUGUUGUUGCGAACUUUGCUUUUGCAGACCGUGAUAUUGGUGUUAGUGCACGCCACGUCCGUGUCUACGGAGCCGUUGCUCCGCAUAAGGUUGCCUCACGAACAUGCAGUCAACGAUCAUUCCGCCUCAGCACCAAGCGUGAAGACACGUUACCUUCGUACAGUACAUCAAGCCCUCCACUCCGCCGCUCCUCAACGGCAGCGAGCAUGCCGCGCAUUCCCAUCAAAAUUUCCCCACCACUCAACCCGAUGCGGAUGCCCAGUGCAAAUGAAUAUGCACCGUCGUCAAAGUACUCCCGGGAUUCAUCGGGAGUCACUAUGCCAGAUCUCGCUCACCAUCCGGCUAUGCAAUACCCCAACCAAUUAUAG